GGGUAAAUAAAAUGUAAAAGGAAUUUCAGUAAUUAUGCUUAUUUGGUGCGAUGUAUAAAUUAUUUGGAGGGAUGAAUAUGGUGUCAUUUCUAUAAUUUCCAAAAGAUGACAAUCAGUCGGUACGAUGAACUCGUUGAAAUGCUUUUCCAUAAUGCAUCCAUGUUGCUAAUGUCGUUGGUAGUUUGUACAUUUGUUUGCUGCAAACAUCACAGAAAACCGAAGGAUCCAAAAUUCAUUGAUGAAAACGACCCUCUUGCCAAAACGUUGUAUAAUAUUAAAACCGAUAUUGCAUUCCCAAAAAGAGUAAUGGAAGAAAAGCAACAAAGUCCUCGGACAGAUGCAAUCGCCAUGAGUUGGAGUUAUGAAUAUGAAAGCAAUAUGCCACCAUCACUUUCGCUGUCAUCCUCGCCAACAUUUAUAAAUUCCAAAAAAUACUUGAAAUUGAAAAGUUCUGGUGAUACCCAGGAACGAAAUUCAGCAAAUCCACAAAAUCCAAUACCACAGCAGUUGCCGCUUAGGCUACAACAAAACCCAAACGCAGCCAUUUCCAUAAGGGUAUAA